AUGCAAGAGGAGGAAGACAACGAAGAUGGUCACAAUGUAGUCGGUGAGGACCAAAGGCUGUUGGGGGAUUACGAGUUAAGGGUUAAUGAAGCCCCUGAAGGUGUAAAUGUUGGCCCGGGAAGCGGGUCUGAGAACCCAGCUCGUCAGGAUGAGGCUCACAAGGCACAAUUACAGCAUCGGCAACAGAAGCAGUCAGUGCUGCCGCCUCCCUCGCCUCCUGUUCCUGUUGUCGGGUGGGAAAGAUUUCUUCCUGUCAGGUCUCUAAAGGUUCUAUUGGUGGAGAAUGAUGAUUCUACUAGGCACGUGGUCAAUGCCCUACUUCGCAAUUGUAGCUAUGAAGGUUAGUGAUUAUUUCUUGUCUUGCAGGUUCUGCAACUUCUUUUGCGAUGUGGCAAUUAUUUAUUUUUAUUUUUUUGAUCAUGAGGUUCUAUGUGCUGCAGAUCUAUAUGUAUAGUUUCUCCUCAGUGACAUAAUAAACCACAUUCUCGUCUUAUCCUAGGAAGUUCGUCUUUCUCUCUCUCUUUAGCAUAGGCUACUCGGUGUAGCUUGUGAGCCUGAUUGGCUUCGUCAUGCUCACGAUAAGUCUGGGUGACGGCAUUAUAUGCUUAAGAUAGAUGGCUCGUUUUCUAAUAAUUGGACAUAUUGCAUGGGAUGGAAUAUCUAAGUAUGGAGAUGCCAAAUUGAGAACCUUCAGCCUCAACAAGUGCCUUGCCAAGUUUCAAUCUUUUUCUAAUCCUGCUCAUUCUAUGUUUCCAAGAAAACUAGGAUUGAAUUUGUUAUUUUCGAUUGAGCUAAUAGUUCAUGAUUGUUUUAUCUGAUAAUGAUUAUAACUUGGCAAUUGAAUUUAUUGUUCCCAGUUAGCACCGAACUGACUCUAGCUCUCAAUUGCAAAAUCAUUUCAUACACGUGUGAAAAGAAAACGGAUGAAUUUCUCACGUCAUAUAAUUAUACAUUUGUGCAUCAUUUUCUAAUAAACUGAAGUUGUUCUUCGGCUUUCCUGGAUCAAUUGCUACAUGGCUUGCAAUAUGCGUCCGAGUUUUUAGUGUGCUAAGCCAAAACAACCGUAGGUAAGAUGCCAAAACCGACCGUCAUUAACUCAAAAAUAUGAUGCACCAAUAUAUAAACAUAUGGGAUGAUAACUUUCUAGCGUGUGGAUGACAAUAUGCGACUGCGAUAUCAUUUUACUAGCCUGAAAAUACAUGAAGUAGGAGCAAAAGAAGUUACGAAGGCAGAGGCAUAUUUGAUGUUAGGCCUAUGUGGCUGCCCUACGACUUCGAAUUACAUGCUGCCUCUAAUCUAAGGUCUUAUGGGUUUCUAAGUCACAUAUCAUUUGUUCUGUUUUGUAUGUUCCUAUAACAUUUAAAAGUUCUUCUCUCACGUACAUCUUUAUGAGUUGUCUUUUCUGGAUAUGGAUCCCAGCUCAUGCUUCAGUUCCAUCAUCUUCAUUCAGUCCUCAUGUUUUGUUUUGACAUGGCAGUUACUGCUGUUGCAAAUGGCCUGGAAGCUUGGAAAAUAUUGGAAGAUCUUUCCAACCGUAUAGAUAUUGUGCUGACUGAAGUGGUGAUGCCUUUUCUAUCAGGCAUUGGGCUUCUAGACAAGAUUAUGAGCCAUAAAACGUUGAAGAAUAUUCCUGUGAUUAGUGAGAAUUUUUUUUAUGCGCUAGUGUGACAAUCUCUUUCAAAGAUUUGGUCUCCUUUUUCUUUUUAGAGGUUUAUACAUUUAACCACACCGGCUUUUCAUGCAGUGAUGUCAUCUCAUGAUUCUAUGGGUAUAGUCUUUAAGUGUUUGUCAAAGGGUGCAGUUGACUUUUUAGUGAAGCCAAUUCGAAAGAACGAACUCAAAACCCUUUGGCAGCAUGUUUGGAGGAGAUGCCACAGCGUGAGUCUUCUUGUAAUCUCCGUCAUAUGUUAUUUUCACAGAUGGUGGGCUCACUGUUCAUAUAGCUUCUCUUAGUUGGUAAGACAGUAAGGUUUACUUUUACAUUGCUUGUGAUCCUCACUGAAAUAUGCCUUUACAUUGAAAGGGGAAAGAAAUCUGUGGCUUUGCUCAUAAAUUUGAUAAUGGGGCAAUCCUAGCGACAUCAUCUCAACUUUCCUUGUUCACAUAACCUGUUCUUCGACGGUUUCCUGAUUUUUUUAUUUUUUGGCAUUAUCUCUCUCCAUUUUUCAUCUUAUUUCGUUUAAAUAAAUUAUCCCGUACUCCAGUCUAGUGGUAGUGGCAGUGAAAGUGGCGUGCAAACUCAAAAAUCUGUCAAGUCAAAGAGAGUUGAUUCUGAUGACAACAAUGGAAGCAAUGAUGAAGAUGAUGACGCCAGCUUUGACUACAACGACAAGGAUGGCAGUGACAAUGGAAGUGGAACGCAGGUAGCAUAGCUUGAACCUUGACCAAUUUAAAAAUGAAAUUUUGGCCAAUGAAGAUAUGCGUUCAGUAUUUUUUUCAUUGGGGAGCAUGCACACCCAUGCACAUAUUUAUGAUUCUAUUUUAUUCUGGGAGUUUUUAUGUGAGUGUCUUUUUAUUAAAUGAACGUGUCUAUUAUCGUAUGGUUUUAUUUGCCAGGAUGGUCCAUUUUCAUGAGGCAAUUCUUGUUCCUCGCCCUCUUUGGCAUAGGCAUAGAAAAAAUAUAGAAUAAUUAAAUUGUGUUAAUCUGGUUCGUUCUUAAUGUGUUUUUGGUUUCCACUUGGGUUCUUAGAGUGCUGUGGUUGGGGUUUUGGCUUGGGCAUUUUUCUGAAUUUCUAUUUAUUAUUUAAUUCCUUCUAAUUAGAAACAUUUUCGGAUCCUCUGAUGAGAGAGAUUCCUAAUUCAUUUUCUUGUUAAAUAGUUCUGGACUCUUAUGGUUUCUCGUUUUUCCAUCCAAUUUUUACACUAAUCAGUUUUAUUUCCAAGUUGGGAAUAUCCCAACAUCUAAGCACGUCAGCUAGUUUAAAUCAUCUCUAGAAGGUCGUUAUUGUUCCUUUUUAAAGUUCUACGUAUUCCUCACUUCACUAUUGGAAAGGGUCGUAAUUUUGGAAUUGAUUUUGGGGGCGGGGGAUGUUGAGUACAAGACUCUAAUAUGUAGCUAAUGUGAUGUCAAUGGUGGGCUACCAAGUUCCAAUGUGAUAAGAACCCAGAUCAAAGAACUACGAAUAAUUCGUAUUAGAUGAAAGAAAUAACCUCUAGAAUAGAAAUACCAAAGAUAAAGUACAGUAAAAGAACUCAGAACAGAUGGAAGGUCACAUACAACCCUAGAACCCAAAACAGAUAGAGGUUCACAUGCAACCCUCCAACCCUUUCUCGUAGAUGCACGAGAUACUAACACCGAUUUCCCCCCCUUCCUUCCUGAUCCACCCACCCUUAUAUCCUCUCAUUUCCCUCUCUUAUUUAGGCAGUUAGUCUCCUGCCAUAACCGCUCUUUGCCAUAACUGUUCCUUGUCAUAUUGUUCAUUGUCAUAACUGUGCCUUCCCUCAAUCAUGCUAACCAUUAUUGUCUUAUUAGGCUUUGGGCCUUCUUCCUUCUAACAUAUGUGCAAGGAGCCUUAUCACAAUGAUGGGCUAGAGAUAGGGAACCCAAUGCUAGGGUUGGAAGCUAGUAACGUUGGGCAGCGUCCUGCAUUCUCUCUCUCUCUGAAGUCAACCAUUUGAAGCCUUCUAAAUCUACUAAACUCUCUUCCCCUAAUUACCCAUCUCCCGUCUGACGGGAGUUAGGCAAAGAGAACAAAAUGUCACGUGUUGCUUUUUCAUUGGCAGAAAUGAUGAUGAUGAUGAUGAUUGACGAUAUGAUGACCAUUAGCAUCUUCCUAAUGGUGGAUUCUGCACCACAGAGUUUCCUUUUUGAGAAUGGGGGCUAGACAGAAUCCACUGCACAGGAACGCAAGAAGCUGCAUCAUUAAUCGCCUGGCAGAUCAAAAUGUUGUCUUUUUUUAAGAAUUGACCCAUUAUUUAUUUAUUUUUAUUUUCAUCUGCAGAGCUCUUGGACAAAGCGUGCACCUGACAGCCCCCAGGCUACCACUCCAUGGGAUCAGCUAGCUGAGACGCCUGACAGUACUUGUGCACACGUUAUCCAUCAAAAGCCAGAUUACGUCCCUCCCUGUUCUGAGUGCUCUGAAGAAAAGGACCACCGUGGUAUGACAGAAAGGAAUACAACUCACUAAAUCGCUCUAAAGUAUUCCCGUGUUUUCAUUUUUUUCUAAUGUUAAUGCAGAUGAUGACCUCCUAGAAAAGAACUCCGAGAAGAAUUUUCACCAAUCAGAUGGCAUCUUCGGGACACUUGACGGCAGUAAUGCUGUUGGUGAAUUGACCAUUCAGGGGGCUGAUUUAGUCGGCAUAUUUGCUGAAAGCACAGUGGCAACUAUGAGCGUUCAGGCUUCUAAUUCCCUUAAUAGAGUCACAGAGGAAAAUGACAAGAUUAUUGCUAACGAGUCACCAUCCUUUGAGCUAAGCCUGAAGAGGCUAAGAUCUAUUGCAGGGGACGGGAUUGGCUGUAGUGAUGAUCGUUAUGUGCUGCGACGCUCAGAUUUUUCAGCCUUCUCAAGGUGGGGAACCGGGAAUGCAGAUAUUCAUUAUUAUUAUUUUUAUAGAAGUAAUUAAAUGAGUGUGUUUGCAUCUAUGAUUGCGCAGGUAUAACACUUCUACGGCGUCCACUCAGAAGGCAACAAGACAUGGAGGAAAUUCUUCUGCUCGAUGUAAUGUGGGUUCGGAUGUGGUGAAGAGAGGAUCAGACUGCAACAUGAAAUCUAAGACAGCUGCCAUUCGAAUCAGCCAGGGUUGCAAUAGCGGUACCAAGGUCGACGAAGUGGGCCCCACCAAUAAUUUCAUCAGCAAGUCAAAAAUAUUGAAUGAGAAUGAGUCUUCCUCAUUAUCAGUUAACCCCAUUCAGCAGCGAACUGACGCAGCCCAGAAUGAGCUACAAGAGAAAAAUGAUAAUAAGGGGUCGAGCACUAUCAUGGAACGGCCAAGAGGUACUCGCCAAAUUCAAGUGAAGCACCAUCACCACCAGCAUCACUAUGAUAGUCAACAUGAUCAUGUAGCACGGCACCAGCUGGAGCUGCCAUCUGAGCAGGUUGCAGCUGUUCCACCAUGUGGUUCAUCAAACAUGUUCAAUGGGCCAACUGAAACAAAUGUGGGCAAUUACAGUAUAAAUGUGAGCAUUUCGGGCAGUCAACAUGGUAGCAAUGCACAGAAUGGAAGUAGUACGAUGAACCCCGAGAGAACAAACAUGGAAAGUGAGAAUGUUUUGAUCGGAAAAAAAGAGGCAGGAGGCUGCAAUGGCAGUGGAAGUGGGAGUGGCAGCGGUAUGGAUGAAAACCGAUUUGCGCAGAGAGUGGCGGCCCUGACCAAAUUCAGACAGAAGAGAAAUCAGAGAUGCUUCCAAAAGAAGGUAUUUGCCUUUCGAUGAGGAUGAUUAAACUUAUUUCCUCAUGAAGAUAAUUAUGUUAAAUAUUUGCUCCAGGUAAUGAAUGGGCUUCUUAUACACCUUUAGAAACAUAAUUUUUUACUUGGGUUUUUUGCAGACCUAUUCAUGUAUGGAUCGAAUAAUAUCCUGUUUCGGUAGGACCCACCGUUUCAUAGCACCAUAUCCUCUUUUUUUUAAUGAAAGACUUCUUCUUGCCCAAAACUUUUCACGAGUUGAUGAUCUGACCAAACCAGCGCUUCUGGAGAGAGAGAGAGAGAGAGAGAGAGAGGAGAGAGAGAAAGGUAAGAACUGGGGAGUGGAGUCGGCAAAAGUAGAGAAAACAGUGAUUUAGGGAGAGGAGAAAGGUGCAUGGAAGGGAUGAGAGAUAAUGAGAACUAAUAUUGCUCAUGUGAUCCCCAUUCUCCCUUAGUUUCAUUAUUUGAAGGAGACUCUUAGUAAUGAUUGUCCUGACUUGAUUGGAGUUGGAUUUCAUCGCCAUAUUGUCCUGACUAUGCUGCCAUGCACUAAGUGGCCGUUUGUCUUCCAAGCGUGAACUCCACAAGAAGAGUCCUUUUCAAUGGGGGGGGGUAGAAUGAUUGAAGGCAUGAUUUUCACCCGUAUGGUUGGCCCAAAUUCUAGAGAUGAUAUAUUAUCAACACCCUCCAUUAUUAUUAUUUUUACUUAUUUUCUCAAGGGUUUUCUUUCUUUUUAAUUGAUUGAGCAUGAAUUUAUAUGAUCAAUUUUUUAUUUCCCUUUGAAAUUUAUUUUCUAUCAGAUCGAUCCUUCCUUCUUCUGUUUCAUUGUAGUUAUAUCUCACAUGUGGCCCACUAUCAUAGUUGGAAUAUGCUGAUUCAGUCAUUAUUAGAUUAUCCACGUGGAGAGUCAAUCAUUGAGAUGUUGUGACCCCUUGUGAUCUGCUUGGGAAGAGGGGGGGGGGGGAGAUUCUUCUGUCGUGGGCCCUUUCUGUACUUCCCUUUGCUUGAACAUUUCAGGUUCGCUACCAAAGCAGGAAGAAGCUGGCAGAGCAACGGCCACGCCUCCACGGGCAAUUCGCCAAGCAGACGGCACACGAUCAUGCCGAUCCCGAGGCAGGCGAUUAG